AAUGUCUUCUUCUAAGGUCUCCAUGAUGCUUCUAAUGCUUUCUCUGGCCUCAAGUAGUUAUCUGUUAAUGGCUACCUCAUCAGCUGGUGAUUUCUUCCGAGACAUUGAUGUUACUUUUGGCGAUCAACGUGCUAAGAUAAUCGAUGGAGGACAACUACUCACGCUCAGCCUUGACAAGAUUUCUGGGUCUGGCUUCAAGUCUAAGAAUGAGUACUUGUUUGGUAGGAUCGACAUGCAAAUAAAGCUCGUGCCUGGUAACGCAGCUGGCACUGUCACCACAUACUAUUUAUCUUCUGAAGGUCUAACUCACGAUGAGAUUGAUUUUGAGUUUCUGGGCAACUCAACUGGAAAUCCUUACACUGUCCACACCAAUGUGUUCAGUCAGGGCAAAGGGGGAAGAGAGCAACAAUUCCAUCUUUGGUUUGAUCCCACAAAAGCCUUCCACACUUACUCCAUUCUUUGGAACACCCACCGCAUUAUAUUUUUCGUGGACAACAUUCCAAUUAGGGUGUUCGACAAUUUGGAAUCAAUUGGGGUUCCAUUCCCCAAAAAGCAACCAAUGAGGAUUUACUCAAGUUUGUGGAAUGCUGACGACUGGGCAACACAAGGUGGUCUUGUGAAGACAGACUGGGCACAAGCUCCUUUCACUGCCUCUUACAGGAACUUAAAGGCCAAUGCUUGUCUUGCUGGCUCAUCAUCGUCAUCUAGUUGUGUCUCCACUACGGCAGAGGACAAAUCAUGGCAGAACCAAGCGCUUGAUGCUGCAGGUAGAAAGAGGCUUCGAUGGGUGCAAAAGAAGUUCAUGGUUUACAACUACUGUUCUGAUCGUAAACGAUUCCCGCAAGGUUUUCCACUGGAAUGCAAGCGGUCAAGGUUCUAGAUAUGUAAUGAUGAUCAUGAGAUUUCUAUACAUUUAUUGUGAAUUCA